GAACUAAAAAACGAGAAGCAAUCCCACCGCACUUCAUCUUCAUCUUCAUCAUUCGUGCACCAUUCCAAAAAAUUUCAAACCAUUUUACUACUCUCCGCAGAGCUGAAUUUCCAAAAGCCUUCAGACUUCAGUCCCUUUUUCCCUUGCUUUGUGUCCGGUGAAUUCUAGGGUUUCGCCUAUUCUUCAACAAUGGAUUGGGGAACUGUAACCACAGAGGAUCUAAUUGAGGCUCUACGCGAAGUCGAGUGGUCAUCUCCACCACGUCCCUUCUCUGAAUUCUUCUCUCGCUUCACUUUCCCCCGAUCUUAUUCCAAAUGGAACAGUCGACUCAAGUGUAAUCUCUACUAUUACAGGACGAAUUACUUUAUUAUGAUUGUGGCUAUUCUUGCAUUGGGGUUUCUAAGGAAGCCACUUGCAAUUGUUGCUGCGCUUUUGACAGCACUUAGUAUUGCUUUUCUAAAUGACAGUUUUGCAGGUACUUUUAGUGAAAAGGUGACAAGAACUGUCAGACAGUUUUCACCUCAUUUAGCUGCAAAAAUGAGGCCUGCACUCACGCCGGUUAUUCGAGGGCGUCCAUCCACUAAAAGAGCAAUAUUCAUUUGUGGAAGGCCUCGUUGGGUGUUUGUCUUUGUAUUCUCUAUAGUGAGUUUCUUCCUCUGGUUUGUUUCCUGUGGCCUUUUAACCGUCCUUUGGGCUUUUGGUAUAGGUCUUCUUGCCACUCUUGCUCAUGCAAGCUUCAGGAGUCCUAAUUUGAAGGCUCGCCUCAAUACAUUCCGUGAAGAAUUCCGAGCUGUCUGGCGCAACUAUAGUGAGCUGUAGCUUCAGUUGAGUUCCGGUUGCUCUACCAAUCUGCAAUUAGAUGUACUGAUUCACUCAUUAUAUUUUUCGUUGGCUUAUCUGUAAAUUAGCAUGGUCUAAUCAGUCUUGAAAUAGUAACAAGAAUGUGUGGUUCAGCAGUUUACAUGCUUGUGGGAAGUCUAUUUUCCUUUCGUAAAAGAAAAGGAAAAUACUUGUCGAUCCUGUACUUCUGAAAUCUCUCUCCAGUUUGAUAUGAAAAUAGUGAAAUGCUUACCUA